CGGACAAGGGGUAGAACAAGGGCGAAGUAGGAAGGGAAAAGUUGGAAACAGGGACAGGAGGAUUCAUGUCACAUAUCUACACCCACACAUGUCAUUGUUGUCAGCUUCCUACAAGAUAUCACAGCUCACGCAGGAUCUCCUAGAACACUCUGAUAUGCCUCCCAAAACGAUGAGGACCAAUGCUGAAGAAGAGGGCACGGUAUUCAAGGUUCGUUGGGGUGAAGAGCAGGACCAGAUGUUGAUACAAGAGAUGCUACAGUGGAUGUACGACAAUCGCGCAGCCAUCCGUCUUCUACCCGGGCCACAGCAAUGGCACCAAGCCAACGACUGCUCCCCUAAAGUCUUCUUCCAAUCUGUGAUCAACAGAAAGGUCAUUGCUGAGCUGAAGAAGCUUGCCAAGCAACGUGGCGUUAGCAUCGAUGAGAGCGGGACGAAGACUAGAGCCUCCCCUACGAAGAUCAAAUCUGGAAAGAGGGAGAGAGGAGAUGAUGAUGAUGGGAAGGCAGGGAAAAGGAAAGGAGGUCCAAGUCGAGGCAAGAAGGGUGCCGGGAUGGAGUAAAGCCCAGACGUGUGGCCAUAGAGAACAAAAAGCGUAGGAUUCUCUGAAACAGUCGAUUGAGCUCGUGUAGCUUGUCGCUGAAUCGGACACCCAGAACGAAUG